AGAAUAUUUUAUUUCAAGGAGGAAGUUGUUGAAGUCAUGACAUAAACUUGUUGUAUUGCAGGAUGUGAAUUGGCAAAGUAAAAAAUAACAACGGAGAGGAAGGCAUGAUUCCCGCAAGCUAUGUUCAGAAACGAAAAGAAGUCUCGCUUCGUGCUAUGCCAGAUGUUGCUCUUGACCUCACUGUCAUCACUGCCAACGUCUAUGAAUCAAAACCCUGAAAGGACUGGUAGCCAGUGCUUAUUGAGAUGGUUCCAUGGCAAAAUAGACAGACGGAAAUCAGAAAAGCUCCUUCUUGACAUCAAGACAAACGGUUUGUUUUUGGUGCGAGAAAGUAUUCAUUAUCCGGGCGAUUAUACAUUGAGCGUAUAUCAUAAAAACAAAGUGGAGCAUUAUCGCAUCAUCUACAGCAAAAAUAAACUAACAAUAGACGAGGAAGGAUUUUUUGAUAAUUUGCCAGGGCUGGUAGAGCAUUACACAAAAGAUGCUGAUGGUUUGUGUACAAAGUUAAUUACGCCACUGCCAAAACAAGGCGGCAAUUUUUUCUCUGUCUCUCCGGAAGAAUUUGCUUCAGGUGGCUGGACUAUUAGCCUAGCUGAUUUGAUAAUUGGAGAACCUAUAGGAAAAGGAGAAUUUGGAGAUGUGCUUAAAGGUUUAUAUAAAGGUAAACCAGUAGCAAUCAAGAAACUCAAGGACGAUAACGGGGCAGCGCGAGAUCAGCUCUUACAGGAGGCAUCAUUGAUGACGUCGGUACGUCAUCCGAACCUAGUGUCGCUAUUAGGAAUAGUUCAGGAGGAGACAAUAUACUUAGUUCUAGAAUUUAUGGGCAAAGGUAGUCUUGUAGAAUAUCUUAGAUCGAGAGGACGUAGUGUCAUCACAAAGAAAGAUCAAAUCAAUUUUGCAACUGACACAUGUAGCGCAAUGGCAUAUCUGGAAGAUAGACAGUUGGCUCACAGAGAUUUAGCUGCUAGAAAUGUCCUGGUCAAUGAUGAAGAUACAGCUAAGGUGUCUGAUUUUGGAUUAGCCAAUAGAAUAGAUUACAACCCAGCCCAGGUUGGCGGCAAAUUACCAAUCAAAUGGAUGGCACCAGAAGCACUCAAGGACAAUAAAUUUACCAGCAAGUCUGACAUGUGGAGUUUUGGUAUCCUUUUGUGGGAAAUUUACUCAUUUGGCCGAGUCCCUUAUCCCAGAAUUCCACUAGCAGAUGUAGUAAUGCACGUAGAGCGGGGAUACAGAAUGGAGGCCCCGGAAGGAUGUCCACCUGAAAUAUACACUAUUAUGACUGAGGCGUGGAAUGGAGACCCGGAAAAAAGGCCAACAUUCAAAAUAGUGUUACAAAAACUUCACGACUUACAGGCCGUUACUGUAUGAUGGAAAAUAUAGCAUCUGUUUGGGAAUAAUUCGACCAUAAAAAUAUACUGUAUUCUAAUAUAAACUGGUCUACAUCAAAAACACCAAGAACAUAUUUGUACUAGACACCAAUAUAUUGUAAAUAAAAAAUAGUAUAACUCGA